AUGGGUGCUCAGAAUACCAAGGAAAGGACAAUAUCAGUCAAUACCCAUUCCAUCCGUUCUGCAAGAAAUAGAACAAGACCUGUAAAAGAUGGACGACAUCCUACCUCCAAUAUUUUUACCGAGCACAGUGAGGCCCUCCUGCAAAGCAGACCGCUUCCCCACAUCCCCAGCCUGCCGGACUCGGACCCGCCCACCUCCCUCUCCUCCCCCUCCGCCGUCUCCACCUCCGCUGCCGCCGCCGCCUCUUCUGCCGCCACCGCCACGUCGCCGGCGCCGACGACGCCUCUCUCCUUCGAGACGGCCCACCGGUGGACAUCGAAGGAGAACCUGCUCGCUCGAGAGGAGGACGAUCCGCAGCUGUUCGUCGCCCUCUACGAUUUCCAGGCCGGCGGCGAGAACCAGCUCAGCCUCAAGAAAAGUGAACAAGUUAGGAUUUUGAGUUACAACAAAAGUGGUGAAUGGUGCGAAGCACACUCCUCAACGAACCAAGUAGGCUGGGUGCCAUCGAAUUACGUGACGCCCGUCAAUUCUUUAGAAAAACACUCAUGGUAUCAUGGACCAAUAUCUAGGAAUGCUGCGGAAUACUUACUCAGUUCAGGAAUAAACGGUAGUUUCCUGGUGCGCGAAUCGGAAAGCAGCCCCGGUCAGCGCAGCAUCUCGCUGCGCUACGAGGGCCGCGUCUACCACUACCGCAUCAACGAAGACAGCGACGGCGAAGCCUUCGUGACGCAGGACAGCAAAUUCGGCACGCUGGCCGAGCUCGUCCACCACCAUUCGAUGGCCGGCGACGGCCUCAUCACGCAGCUGCUGUAUCCGGCGCCGAAGCACAACAAGCCGACGGUGUUUCCGCUCAGUCCGGAGCCGGACGAAUGGGAGAUCGGCAGGACGGACAUCGUGAUGCGGCACAAGCUGGGCGGUGGGCAGUACGGGGACGUGUACGAGGCGAUGUGGAAGAGGUACAACAUGACUGUGGCCGUAAAGACCCUCAAAGAGGACACGAUGGCCCUCAAAGACUUCCUCGAAGAGGCCGCCAUCAUGAAAGAGAUGAAACACCCCAAUCUGGUCCAACUGAUGGGCGUGUGCACCAGAGAGCCGCCCUUCUACAUCAUCACCGAGUUCAUGAGCAAGGGCAACCUGCUGGAUUACCUGCGGAACGGCAACAAGGAGCAAAUCAAUGCCGUCGUGCUCAUGUACAUCGCUACGCAGAUAGCGAGCGGCAUGAACUACUUGGAGAGCAGGUGCUUCAUACAUCGCGACUUGGCGGCGAGAAAUUGUUUGGUGGGCGAGAACCACCUAGUGAAAGUGGCCGAUUUCGGGCUGGCCCGUUUGAUGCGCGACGACACCUACACAGCGCACGCGGGCGCCAAAUUCCCCAUCAAGUGGACAGCGCCCGAGGGUCUUGCCUACAACAAGUUCUCCACCAAGUCGGACGUGUGGGCGUUCGGCGUCCUCCUCUGGGAGAUCGCCACCUACGGUAUGUCGCCCUAUCCGGGCGUCGAUCUCACCGACGUCUACCACAUGCUCGAGAAGGGCUACCGCAUGGAGUGCCCGCCAGGCUGUCCACCCAAAAUCUACGAGCUGAUGCGCCAGUGCUGGCAGUGGCACGCCAACGACCGGCCGACCUUCGAAGGAAUCCAUCACGCGCUCGAAAAUAUGUUCCAGGAGUCCAGCGUGACGGAGGAGGUUGAGAAGCAGCUGCAGGGAAACGAAUCAUCACCAGUACCUCUAGGUACGCCUCACAUGUCUUUCAAGAAAUCUCACUCUGGUAGUACCGGGAAUAUUCAUGGACUGGUAGUGACUGAUCAAGCUUUAACGGACAAUCUCAAUAUUACCUCUACGAAAUUAUCAACAUUCACUGGUGGGCACAAUAAGAGUUUGGUCCAGAUGAGGAGAUCGACAAAUAAAAAGGGAAUGCCUGCUCCCGCACCACCUAAACGUACAAGCCUGCUGUCUUCUUGCAGCUCAUUUCGGGACAGCACGUUCGAUGACCAAGGACAAGGCGAGAUCACAGCAGACGAUGGAGCUGACUUAAACGGCCUGACGAGGGAGCUGCAGACUCUCACCGCCAGCACGAAGUGCGACAGCGAGAGCGACCUGCAAGACCAGACGCCCGACACGGACGAUUCGGGGGCGCACUCGUACCCCGAAGUGUCGACCGUGAGCAGCUUCGGGCCGGGCGCGGGAUCGUUCAAGCGGGCGCCCGUGAUGGGCAACAGGGGACUGGAGCAGCGCGGGAAGAAGGGCAAGACGAAAGAUUCGCCGACGGUUCACGUUGCCGCUCUGGAGGUGCAGAACGUCCGGAAAGCCAUCAGCAGAUACGGCACUCUGCCGAAAGGCGCCAGGAUAGGCGCCUACUUGGAAUCGCUGCGCCAGAACAACAUGUCCGGCAACGAGGAGGCCGUCCAGGCAGCCAAUCCCGCCGCAGAGCCAGCGGAAUCAACGCCGCGGUCUCUCUCGCCGCGCACCAACAUCAGGACGCAGCCGCAGAUGAUACGCAGCAACUCAUCUAGCGGGGUGACGACUUUCCAUGCUACGCAUCCGCCGAGUUCGCCUACAUCGAGCAAGAUGAACAGGAACAGGAACAUCAGCAGGAAUAACAGCGCGGACGUCAGGAGCAGCUUGCGGAGCUUCAAGGUGUCGCAGAAUAGCAGUUUUCGUGGCGGUAGUCCAUCGAGGUCUGUUCCUCCCUCCCUGGCCGACUUGGAAUUCCCACCGCCGCCCACCGAUCUGCCCCCACCUCCGGAGGAAUUCGACAACUCGGGGGUGGACCAAGUGGACUGCACCACCUCGAUCAUGACGUCCUCGCAGGAGUUGAGGAAGCGGAUCAUCCCCAUCUCUCCUCUCACGACGAAAAAAGUGCUAACACCCGCCCCGGCGAGAGACCCCGACCCGCCCGAGAGCGCCGACGUCAGCACGUUGCAGCCCUCCGUCGAGGAGGCCAGCUCGCGCUUCGGAGUCAGCCUCAAGAAGAGGGAGGCCCAAGGCGAGGAGGCCAAAGAGAGGAGCCCGAGGCGCGCCAGCCUCGGCCUUGCCAGUCCCGGUGGCAGUCCGGAGACGGAUGGGCGGACCGUCGGGCAGCAGAUCGGGUCGCCCUCUGAGCCGACGCCGCCCUCUGCUGUGGAUGCGCUGGGAAACGAUGCUGAAAUCGGCUCGCCAGAAGACAAUAAAACCUCCAAAGUGUUCAAAAACAAGUUGGUGAUGAAAGAAAUGGAACUCAAACUGGUCGCCGAAAUAAAAGAAAGCCAAAACCUCAAAAGCAAAAAUCUCAAAGAAUCUCCCGUCGAACCCUACGUGGCUGUGAGUGGCAUCAGCCACGACCCCCUAACCCAGUUAGUGACAGAACUAUCUCAAUCCCUCAACCUAGAAAAAGACGUAGCGCGAAAAAAUUCUCAAGGUAGCAUCGCAACGAAACAAACAGACAACGGCGUCACCUUUGUCUCCCAGCUCAAGAAAGUCGACCCGAAAAAACCGAUUGCCAAAGACAAGCCAGAAAGCGAUAGCUCGAUGAUCAUCGACUUCAAAUCGAGACUGCGAAAAGUGGACGACCACGAAAGCGACACCAGCAACAAGCGAGAGAGCACCGCCAGCUCUGACAGCGGGAAUCACAGAAUCGACGAUUGCGACGACAAGCGAAAAAGCACUGGCAGCAUCAGCAGCUUGAAGAAACUGUGGGAACCGAAAGACAGUUUCGACGGCUGCCCGAACGCGCAACUCAGUCCGAAGCUGUCGAUCAAAAAUGCCAAAAACGAAGACGAAGUCUCGCCUGUUGAUACCUCGGACGAGUCGGUGAAGCUGGAGAGGAGGAGCGAGAAGAAAUCGUGGCACGAAGAGAAGCCGCUGAUACCGACGAAGCCGCCCGUCAAGGCGCUGAAACCGGUGGGUCGGGCGUCCGCGAUCUACGCCACGCCCACCAACGCGAAACCGCCCAUAAUGGCCAAGCCCAGCGUCGAGGCGAGAACGCCCGAGGAGCUCAAGGGCGGCAAAGAGAACAUCUUGGAGAUAUCGCAGGCGCUCGAGUCGACCUUGAACGGCAUCAAAUCCAACGCCGCCUCGUCGACCUCCGCCUGGCUGCAGCUCAGCGACAAGAUCGGUCUGUUGCACGGCUCGUGCAUGGACUACGCGGAUCACGUGGCACCCGCCCACACCAAGUUCCACUUCCGCGAACUGCUCACACGGCUGGAAGGGCAGGCGCGACAGCUGCGGGCGGCCGGGUCCAGGAACACCUCGGAGAACGCUCGGUGCAUCAGCGAGGUCAGCAAUACGGUCAAGGAUGUGGUCAACGUGGUGUUUCGAUAG